AUGGCCCUCUCGAUCGAGGCAGCUGAAUUUAUCGCUAUUAUAGUCGAAUCUGUCCUCUAUGGCUUUGCUGCUUUGCUGAUUUCCGUUACACUCUGGGCUCUAAUCCGUGAGCGGAACAAACACGAACUUUCAAUAGUAACUCUCGUAGGAGUCUGCGCCUUGGCUAUUCUCAGUACUCUUGUAUGCGAACUCAACUCGUCAUCAUCACAACGCUCAACUGACCAAGACACCAGCAUCUCGUUGCAGACGGGAUCUACGCGUAUCAAGGGUUCAUUGGGUCCCAAGGGGACUAAUACGUACUUUCUUGACAGCACCAAAUUCACUUUCAAGAAUACGGUGUACUUUUUGGAGACUCUCUUGGCCGAUGGCAUUCUUAUAUAUCGUUGCUACAUUGUCUGGCAAAAUAUCUUGAUCAUCGCCUUCCCAGUUCUCGGCUGGAUUGGAACAGUUGUGGCAGGGGUACACACCAUCUGGUCUAUAGCAAGAAAGACUGAGAUAAAGAGUCAAGACGUAAUAUUUGUCCACCAGACCGGGCAGUGGGUCGUAUCGUUUUACUCCGUCGCUCUGGUGACCAAUAUAUCGGCAACAUUCAUUUUGGCGACUAAAUUGUGGAUAGCCCAUAAACGUACUGUAAAGUACUUCAGUAGUAUGUCCACGCACACUUCGAGGAGUUCGUUCUAUCCCAUCAUCCUGGUGAUCUUUGAAUGCGGUGCACUAUACUCCCUAGCGCUCGUCGCCAUGCUUGCAACGUACUUGUGUCAAUCAAAUGCAGCAUAUCUUGUUAUUGACCUGAUCGGGCAAAUUAUCCCAAUUACGUUCUCUGUCGUCCUAUUACGUGCGGCAUUAGCCCGAUACCAAAAGAAUGACCCGCACAAUGCUUUGAGUCGUCUGGACUUUGCGGCCUUUGUCCAGACUGAACCUCAGUCGAGUUAUGACAGGACCAUGACACUGAAAGCCGGAGUUAAAUCGUACCAGGAGAGUGACGGAGAUAGAAUACAGAUUACUAGUAGUGGCCGAGACCAGGGUGUAAAUACUACAGAGAGUGGUCACCCGGUGGUGAACGAGACCGUCUGA